UCUUAACUGGCUAAAGCAAAACUUAAUGUGAGCUGUAUGGCCUAACUAUUUAGGCAGCUGAGCUUGAUUAGCUUUUCGACUGAACCAAUUUUCAUUCUUAUAAUUAUCUUCAAAUGCAUAUUCUUAAUCAUCAAAUAAUUUAUUUCAUAUUAUGCCCAUUAUACAUAUUUUACGACAGCGAAUGUGCAGUUUUAGAUGCUAGUUCAAUUCGUGAUGAAAUUGUGGAGACAUUAUUCGCUAACUAUCAGAGUCAUGUUCGCCCUGGAGAACUUAUUCGUAACACAACAGUAGUAACAGUUUAUAUAUCUGUAUCAGCUAUAACAUCUGUGGAUGUACGUAAUAUGGAAUACACUAUUGAUAUGUUACUUCGUCAAGCAUGGUAUGAUCCUAGACUAGCUUGGGAUCAAAUCGAAAAAUUCAAACAUUAUACAAAAAACAUUGUUUCUCCAGUUUUCAAAGAAAAAAUAUGGCUACCAGAUUUGUUCUUUCGAAAUGGUAAGGAAGGCCGAUUACAUAAAAUGACUUGUGAGAACUUACUGAUACGCAUACAACCUAACGGUGAAAUACUGUACAGUCAGAAGAUCACCAUGCGAAUGGCCUGUCAGAUGGAAUUACGGACAUUCCCUAUGGAUACACAGGAGUGCGAUAUGAAUAUUGGAAGUUAUGGAUAUACAUUAGAGCAAGUGAGCUUCGUGUGGAGAAAUAUAUCACCUGUCACAUUACCAGAGAAUUUGCAGAUAUCGGAAUUUGACCCACCUGAAGUGGUCAGAGCUUAUGAUUGUACAAGCGGAUACUCCACAUCAACUGGACAAUAUACAUGUUUAAACGCUACUUUUACGUUACAACGGCAGUUGGGUUACUGGUUAGCAAGUACCUAUAUACCAAAUAUCCUCAUAAUGGUUGUUUCAUGGCUAAACUUUUGGGUUAGUUUAGAGGCGAUUCCGGCAAGAGUAAAUUUAAGUUUGCUAACGUUACUUGGUGUGAUAACUCAGUCGACCAGUUACGCAAGCUCCCUUCCAAGAGUAUCGUAUAUCAAAGCAAUUGAUAUUUGGACAAUAGCAUGCAUAACGUUUAAUUCUGGAGUAUUACUUGAGUUUGCGAUUGCUUCUCAUCUUGCUAGGCGUCAAAAAGUAUCUGAAUGGCAGGUAGAAGUUCGGAAGCUAGUUAGACGUGAACUAGCAAAAUGGUGUUCUGCUUGCCAAUUACAAUAUGCACAAAGGGGACCAUCUGCGCUCUCAGCAUACUCAGCUUCAAGCAGAUCAAAUGAGAAAGUUAGUGAAUAUAUCAACUCGGUAGCUGCUGCUGCUUUCGCCAUUCAGAAUAGCCCUGUACUAGAAAGACCAAGUCCUCAAAUGUCUGUUCGCCUAACAAAGUCAGGUUUAAUGUCGAUGGCUAAUAUUAAGUCCGGAAAACCAGAUAAAGUUUCAAAGGGUGUUUUUUACGAAUUAGUUACCAAUGAUUCUGCACUUACAGCUUUAGAUACAACACAAAAAGAUGCCCUUUUACCACCAAAUGAACCACAACGCGUUAAAAAACCAGCGUCAAUGUCGAAAAUAGAUAGUUAUAGUCGAUUCGUUUUUCCAGCAUGCUUUUUACUUUACAAUUGUUUUUAUUGGCUUUAUUAUUUAGUGAUUGUUAAGCAUAAAUAGAAAGAUAAAUAAUGAAUGAAAACUGUUUUCCAUACCUCAUAAAUCAUUCCUUCAUUGUGCUGAUAUUUUGAUGAACAACAAAUUUUAUGUACUCCUCUUAAUAAAUCUUUGCUCAAUUAGAUCUCCAUCGUGUCAACGGAAAGCAGACAGUGAAGCGAAACAGAAAUGCUCUUUUUACCAUAACGUGAUUUGUCUAGUGUUUGAAAACUUGGACCUUGAAUCACUUAUCUCCAGAAACUCUCUACUCUUGAACCCCGAAACGAAAAAACAAAACAGCGGAAUUAUGGAAGAAGUUUUACUUUCAAGAGGCUUCUGGAAAACAAGAUAAAAUUGGUAAUUAACUAAACGGAGGAAAACAACACAACUUGUCGUUUUUCAAAGUCCUCGUGGUAAUUUUUAAGGAACGUUGAUAGACAGAAGUAUUUUCAGCAUUUUUCCAGUCUCUAAAAGUAAUUUCAAGAGCUCCUAACCCGAAGGAAGCUGCCAGAUAAAUCUGAUAUUUUGGACACUUAUUUCUACAUUUCGGAAUUCUUAACACAAAAUAAUGCACUUUACCGGGGAGUGGGUAUUUAUUUCACAGCGGAGUCAUCGAUAUUUCAAGACAUAUUUGUAAGAUGACUUUCAGUAAAUAACUUAACCCACCUUACUAGAUUAACAUUUCGAUUUCCAACGAUUGAUAUCAGGAUUUGUACUUGUAACGUUUGAAUCCAAGCAAUAAAAUAAAAAAAUAUAGUUCAACAGUGAUGUUUGAUAAAUGAAUCUUACUAAUUUUAUUAGGUCAGUGUGAACUGAUUCAAGUGUAUUAACGAUAGAAACGACUACAAACAAAACUAUCAACAAUGAAUAUUUAGACCACUUUAAUGAAUAUGUGAAACAUUUAGCUACAAACUGCAAACGAAGUGUAGGUCUAAGUUUACAGAAACGAUUCAAAAUGCUGUUACGAUCAUUUAUGUAUACCAAAUUUUUCAGAUUGGUUGGUAUCAGUAACGAUGAGAUCUCAAUCUUCCCGUUACAUAAUGCUUUUAAUUCGCGCUAGUGAGAUUACUUUUUAAGAUCCAUGACAGAGUCGUCAACAAGAAAACAAAUUACUUGAACAAAAGCAGGUUUUU